AUGUUUGCCAGCCAAGGGAACAUGGAAAACCUCGUCAAUAUCCGACUUCUGUUGGUUUCUGUCGCCGCACUUGUCUUGCUUUCUGCCGGAAACGCCAUAAACGAUUACUGUGAUUACAAUAUUGACCGCAUCAAUCGCCCGCGACGACCGCUACCUUCUGGACGCAUUCGGCGUACGGAUGCACUAAUUUUUGCGAUAAUCCUUACUGUAAUCGGCAUCUGGUUGGGAACACUUAUUAACAGAAAUGCAAUAGGCUUCGCCAUCCUCGUGUCUAUUGCGCUUGUCAGUUAUGCUUUCUGGUUGAAACGCACCCCUUUUGUCGGCAAUUUAGUCGUCAGUGGAUUAACGGGUUUAACCUUCAUUGCUGGGGGUGUAGCAAUAGAUUCGGUGCAAGGCACACUCAUUCCAGCAAUCUUUGCCUUUUUGUUCACAACCGCGCGGGAAAUCGUCAAAGACCUUGAGGACACGGAAGGCGACCUGAAAAAUAACGCAAAAACGCUUGCGACUCUCAACCCACGGAUUGCAGUCCGGACAGCCAUCGGUUUCAUGGCAUCUGUUAUUCUGUUUAGCCCCAUCCCAUAUUUAUUCGGUUGGUAUUCAUGGCACUACUUGAUUGCCGUGCUCAUCGGUGUUGACCUUGUGCUAAUAGGUUUGGCAAUUCGCCUGUGUCAAGAUGCCUCCAGAGAAAGUUGUGCAUCCAUUCAACGUUGGAUGAAGUGGGAUAUAUUCGUCGGACUCGGCGCAAUCUAUCUCGGUUUUUAA